AUGUCUCCUGGAGAAGAUCUAGACGCCACGGCCGCACUGGAGCUGGACGAGCUCUUUGGAGACUUAGAGUGGACUUUAGACAGAGAUUCCACGUCUCCGCUGUUUGACGCAGACCUGGAGGACUUCUGCAAAGACUCUGGACGUCAGUUUUCAUCUAACUCAUCUCCAGAAAGAAGAGAAACCGAUUCUAAGACGAGGAGGAGUCACCAAUUGCACGGGUUAAACAAAAAUGCCAUUGCCGCCCGUUUAAAUCGCAUCAAGAAGAAGGAAUAUGUGAGCAGCCUGGAGCGCAAAGUUGCAGGUCUGUCUACAGAAAAUGGAGCGCUCAAACAGGAGAAUUCUCAGCUGACGAAGAGGGUGGACGAGCUUGAAGAUGAGACCAGGGCGCUGGCGGCAGCAGCGACCAUGACUACGCACUGCCACGAAAGCGCGCCCGAGUCGAGGAGAAGGGGGACACGGGCGGAGGCGUGUGUCUGCACGUGGACCGCGACCACGUGUCUGUGGAGUUCUGCCCUAAAUGUGCUCAAAGGGCCAGCGCAGCGCUCAAAAUUUUCUUCUAGGUAA